CGACUACUCCAAAAUGGCAUUCCUAGUGGCCAUCGUUGGAGAGAAGCGAAUAUCCAGGAUGGCGGGGAGAUAAUGACUAGGUAUACGCCAGGAUGCUAGCAGAGAGAUUCUGGGAACUAUCGCUGCCAGUUUCACGGCUGUCGGCCUUUGACAAGACACUGUCGGGGGUAAAGUACGGUAUAUAUACAGACGGACGGCCAUAUCGAUGUCUACCGAGGGACAUCUAUCUAUAUAUCAACCUACCUGCGCUGUAUGUAAACACGAUAGACAUGGGUACGAGCAAGUAACAAGUAACUGGCACCGGCAUCCAACUGUUUACAUCCAUGCAUAAUAGAUCGCUGCAGGCGAGGAUGAAACAUCUCCACCAGUGGCGAGUCAACUUUUCUCAACAACCGCGUUGGACGCAGCCCAGAUACUAACAGGACAGCCAGAAGAACAUAGCAGCAAGAGGCAGAGAAGCGGCAGAGGGAGACAGGCGAGGCGGAUAAUGACACUCGCUCCGUCUUCUCUUCUCUGACUGACAGAGAGUGACUGACCGGGACGCUGACAGACAUACAGAAGACAGAGAGAUAGAGAAAGACAGACAUCACCAGCACAGCUAACGACCAGCUCAACCUCCGCCAGAACACCAUGUACAAUGCCCUCGCGCAGACAGACCAGCUCGACGCUGCGUCUUCUGCCUCCGACGAUGCCUCAGACCGCUCGCCGGUCCUCGGGUCGCCUGUGUUUGCGCCACUGACGCUCGACUUCGACAACUUUGGCGGCUCAGAGCACAGAGACGCCGCCAGCACCGCGCCAGACUCGCUCCUCCAGACUGCGACGACGGCCAUCAUGCGCCAGAAAGCCGCCAGCUACGAGCUGGUCGAGGCAGACGAGUACGCCGUGCCCGAGAAAACCCCUGAAAAGAUGUCUGAGACAGAGAAGAAGCCUGAGGAGCCGGUGAUGCAGACGCCUCGCAGCCGGAGGAAUUCAACGCCUCUACGCCAUCCAACGCCCGACUUGCAGUCGAUCCAGGGGGCCUAUAUCGGUAACGUAGAGAGACUCGAGAAGUCUGCUGAGCGUAUGAGCAUGGAGGUCGAGGCCGAGAGGGUCCUGGAGACGCUGAACCGCAUGUCGAUGCCCCGGUCGAGGGCCGCCUCAGGGGCUUCCAUCGCCAAUUCGACGGCCUCGCCCGGUUCCCCUGGCGUCUCUGCUGCUGCUGCUACGUCUAUUUCAGCGUCCGGAUACGGGAGUUUGUCGAGACAGUCUUCGUUGAACAGGCCGCGGCUACGGUCUGGCUCGUCUGCGUCUCGACUGGCUCACAUCAUCGAGCCAGAGAACGAGGGUGCUGCUGAGAUGGCUCCUGCGACCAUACCGCCUCCCCCUGAGCACCGCCUGGAACAACAGCCUUCACAAUAUGGACAACAGCAUGAGCAGCAAUAUGAGCAGCAGCAUGGACAGCAAUAUGGACAGUACGAGCAGCAGAAUGAACAGGGAGAAAGACCGGAUAGUGCUGGGUCUGGGGACACCUACCAGCAGUCUACGAACCUGUUCAAGGACUUCGACGGCGUUCACUUUACACCACAUAUUAGAGAAGUCCCUCGUUCCCGCGGCGUCUCUCUCUCGAAACCUCCUCUCGCAGCAGAAGCUGAACACUACAAUAACCCUCCCCCCGGUCAGAAUGUGGUCUACUAUCCGGCACCUGUGCCCAUGAUGCUCAACCUGCCCCAACGGCUCUCCCGAAAACCUCCAAUGUCCGAGCAAGAGAAACGACGCACGCAAUUGAUCAAUUCGAUCUCUCCGGAGGCACGCAAGUCCGCCGCCUGGAUCACAGAUGCCGAACAGGGCUCGAGUGCAGGAGAUAGGAUGAGCAAGCGGCUAUCAAAUCUCCCACCACAGCUCCGUGCAAGCGCCUUCUUCGACGCCCCCAAGACCCAGAUCGAUGUUCGUAUACAGGGAGAAUCGGCCGUUGAUACGUUGGAGAGUAUAUUGGAUGCCGCUGCACAUGCUCCUGUCAGUGCCUUUACAGACCACCCCAUAGUCGGCCACCUGGGUGCAGAUGUGUACAAGCAGAAACGCUCAAAGAACAAGAAGAGAAGGUCAGUGAAGCCGGACGGAACCAUGACUACUGAUCGAUCCGUGUCCUCUACCACCAAGCCGGGAAGUCACAUACGUACUCCCUCCGACGGACAAAUGUUGGACAAUGUCGACGAGAGUACCUCCUUGCGGAGUAAUUUCGACGAGCACGCCACUCAUGGAUAUUCCAGAACUCCGUCACCCUUGAGAGAGGCUGGAGCGCAUGAAGAAGAUGAAGAGGAGGAAGAGGAAGAUGACGAGGAAGAAGACGAUGACGAGAGGAAGGACGACGAACCGAGUUUUGGACCGCCAACGACCCUGCUUGCUGAGCUGCAGAUGCGAAAGCACCAGCAAAAGAUGAGAACCCGGACAGCAGCCACAGCGUUCCCCAAUGGAAUGCAUUCAACGCUGCUUGAACUGGAUAGCGUUGCACAGCGUCAGCGAGAGAAGCGAGACAAGGGCCGAGUCACACUCGCCUGGGAAGGCCACCAGGGUACAGGCCAGGACGAGCUCGACGACGACGAUGUACCGCUGGGUGUACUAUUCCCCGAGCAGAGCAGACUGCAGGAUGAGAACCGACCCCUGGGGCUGAUGGAGAAGCUUGUGCUUGAGGAGAGUGAGCCGCUUAGUAGACGACGGGCCAGGAUUAAGGGAGAGCCGCUGAACACGGCCCGAGCAGCAACGCCUCGCAAUCUGGCCCCGAGGGAUCCCAGUCCCGAUAAGCGGGCUAGUACCGCAUACACGCUUGAUAUUCUAGGCCUCACAGAUAACAAUGUGAACGGCAACGAAGAGAGCGGAGACGAAGAAGAGACGCUUGCGCAGCGGAAGAACCGUCUGAAGGCCCGUGAUUCACGCAGCGAUUUCGACGACCUGAUAUCGAAAUUCGGAGACCUCGAUGGCGCCGCUGACAAGGACAAGACCAAAGCUGCGCCAGCAACAUCGGCAGCGGCAGCAGCGGCAGCGGCAGCACAAGCAGCAGCAGAGCCAGAGGAAGAGACGUUAGGCCAACGCCGCAAGCGUCUCCAAGCCGAAGCUAAGCUGCAAUCCGCCUCAGCAACAGCAACAUCCUCCCCCUUCCAGGCCCGGCGGACAAUGGCCAACGUCCUGCAGGCCCAUCCAGCUCGUCCCGGCCUCGUAACCGCCCACUCAGAGCUCGACAUGCGCUACCGGACGCCGGCAGCCAUGGCCUCAACUCACUCCUUGCUCAAUCUGCCUCCCACUCGUGCCUCAAUGCUAACCAGCACCACGACCCCGUUCUCUAUGGCCAGCCAUCGUCUGUCUGGCGCACCAAUGCUGCCUUACAGUCACGGCCCGCCACCCGGCACUGCUCCGGCCAUGCUGAACGGCUUGGGCAUGCUGGGCAGCAGCACCGGCGUCGGUGGCUUCGGCUAUCCGACGAAUGGAUUCGUGUAUAACCCAGCAAGCAUGCAUCCCGUCGGUGGACAGCAGGAGAUGAUUGAUCCUCGUCAGCGGGACAUGAUUGAUCGAUGGAGACUGAGUGUUCGCCAGUAGGCUUCUGACUCUUUUCCUAUCAUGACGGAUUAGCUCUUUUUAAUAUCUUCUUUUGACUGUUUUACUGCCUUUUUAUGCAUUUAAUCAUCUUACUCGGUGUAAUAUAGCAUAGCUUGGUGUUGGAUGUUGGUUUCUCCUUUUUUUUUGACUGCUGCUGCCAUUUCGUCUGCCAAAUCUAUCUGCCAAAUCUACCAAUAUCUUCAAAUAUCUGCCAAAUAGCGACAUCUCCCUCUAUCAAACAGACCCU